ACGUGGCACAGCGCUGCAGCAGUUCCGCUGAAUGUCCGCUUCUGACUCCAAGAAGGGAUUAGUGAGAAACACCCCGGGACGACAUUGGCUUCAUAGUUUAUCGGCCCCCGGGUUUUACAGUUUGUCCCGAACAGAGGAUAGCCUUACUAUUUACAACACUUCGGAGAUUUAGUGAUGAACUGAGGAUGAAUGUAAACCAGCACACUCCAAUGGCCUCUCCAUAUGGCCAGCCCCAGCCUGGCUACGGCCAGCCCGGCUACGCACCCCUGGAUGGGGGAUACCCUGCACCCUACGCACCCUACAACGGCCCUGCUUCAGCCUACCAGCCCGGGGCUCCACCACAAGGUUUUUCUCCUUUCACAAGCUUUCCCUCUAAGGCUGUGGCUGCCAACCCAGUCUCUGACCUCUCCUCUCCUCUUGACUUAGGACCUGCCAGGGGUCCUCCCGUCUCUGGAGCCCCUCCAGUCUCAGCACCUCAACCAUAUAAUCAGUUUAGUCACAGUCAAGGGGACAUGCAGAAUGGACCCCCACCUGUGACACAGGCACCACCCAGGCCUGCUGUGUCUCAGCCAUACAACCAGGGAGCUGUGAACCUGUCAGGGCCGCACCCCUCGUAUCCCCAGCACUACGCCGCCCCAUCCGCAAUGCAGCAGGUCACUAACCAGAUGACUGGGAUGCAAAUCUCCUCUGGACUGCCAACCCCUGCAGGGCCAGGAUAUGCUCCACCUCACAGCUCCCAGCCUCCUGCCAGUACCGCCUACUCAGCCGCACCUCCGCCCUCUUACACUCAAGCCCCUCCCCUCGCAUCCCAACCACCACCUCCCAGUGGUCCUGCAGCUUCUCAGCAGUACUAUGGAGGCCCACUACCUCCUUCUCAACAGCAGUUCAACUCUUCUCUUCCCCCUACCUCCCAACAGCAGUUCACCUCUUCUGCACCGCCGCCUCCUUCCUCUCAGCAAACCUUUCCUCCCUCAUCCUACUCAGGUCCUGCACCUCCACCCAGCCAAGCUCCUGCUCCUCCUGUGUCCCAGCCACAGCAACCUUUCCCUCCAAGCCAGCCCCCCUUCUCCUCAGCACCUCAACCUGUCAGCCAGCCUGCCUUUGUCUCUGGCCCACCGCCCCCUGCCCAGGGCUCCUUCCCGCCAAGAGCACCCCCUCCUUCCUCUCAACCUGGGUCUUUUCCUCCUCCAACCUCAGUUUCCUCGACCCAGUACCCAGGCCCCAUGCCACCUCAACAGCAGCCCCCUCCAUCCCAACCACCCCCCUAUCACUCAGGUCCCCCUCCUCCUGGUGUUCAGAUGCCACCCACUUCCAUGGCCCAGAGCAACCACCUGCCUCCAGGACCACAAGGCCCACCAGGCCCUCCUGGGGCCCUGCAGCAGCCUCCAUCUCAGCCUGGCAUGCAGGGAGGAUAUCCUCCUCAGCAAAAUGGUGCAUUUGGACAGGUGAGAGGCCCUCAGCCUGGCUAUGCAGGCCCUUAUCCCGGCCAACCAAACUAUGGAGCCCCUGCACCAGCUCCGGCCCCUGCUCCCCAGAAAAGACUCGACCCAGAUGCCAUUCCUAGUCCGCAAGCCUCUGACAUGCCGGCUGUGCAGAAAUCAAGACAUAGAAUAGAUCCAGACGCUAUCCCCAGUCCAAUCCAGGUAAUAGAGGAUGACAGGGCUAAGAGCACUGAGCCAUUCACCACAGGGGUCAGAGGUCAAGCCCCACCGCUUGUGACCACCAACUUCCAGGUCAAAGACCAAGGGAAUGCCAGUCCUAGGUUUGUCCGCUGCACGGCCUACAAUAUGCCUUGUACAGCUGAUAUGGCCAAGCAGUCUCAGGUGCCACUGGCCGCCGUCAUCAAGCCCCUCGCUACACUGCCGCCAGAUGAGACCCCUCCAUACCUGGUGGACCAUGGCGAGAGUGGUCCAAUCCGCUGCAACCGUUGCAAGGCCUACAUGUGUCCAUACAUGCAGUUCAUAGAGGGAGGUCGCCGCUUCCAGUGUGGGUUUUGCAGCUGCGUCACAGAGGUGCCUCCAUAUUACUUCCAGCAUCUGGACCACACUGGUAAAAGGGUGGACUGCUAUGACAGGCCGGAGCUUUCGCUGGGCAGCUAUGAAUUCAUGGCCACUGUUGACUAUUGUAAAAACAACAAGCUUCCUCAGCCUCCAGCCUUCAUCUUCCUGAUCGAUGUGUCCUACAACGCUGUGAAGAGUGGCAUGGUCAAUAUUGUCUGCCAGGAACUCAAGACCCUCCUGGACUAUUUGCCCAGGGAGAACCCAGAAAUUGACUCAGUGGUGCGGGUGGGUUUUGUCACCUACAACAAGGUUUUGCACUUCUACAACGUCAAAUCGAGUUUGGCCCAGCCCCAGAUGUUGGUGGUGUCAGACGUAUCGGACAUGUUUGUACCCCUGCUCGAUGGUUUCCUGGUCAACGUAAAUGAGAGCCGGCUAGUUAUCGAGAGUUUGCUGGACCAGAUCCCAGACAUGUUUGCAGACACCAGGGAGACAGAGACAGUCUUUGGACCCGUCAUACAGGCGGGACUGGAGGCACUCAAGGCUGCAGACUGUGCAGGGAAGCUGUUUGUGUUUCACACCUCUCUGCCCAUCGCAGAGGCUCCUGGGAAACUAAAGAACAGAGAAGACAAGAAGCUGAUUGGGACAGAUAAGGAGAAGUCUCUGUUUCAGCCCCAGGUGGGUUUCUAUAACACUCUGGCUAAGGAGUGUGUAGCCCAGGGCUGUUGUGUGGAUCUCUUCCUAUUCCCCAAUCAGUAUGUGGACGUUGCAACGUUAGGGGUGGUUCCUGUCUCCACUGGAGGUUCUGUCUACAAAUACACCUACUUCCAGGCUCAGGCAGACAGGGAGCGAUUCCUGAACGACCUGAGGCGAGACGUACAGAAACUAGUAGGGUUUGAUGCCGUCAUGAGGGUGCGAACCAGCACAGGUAUCCGAGCUACAGACUUCUUUGGCUCCUUCUUCAUGAGCAACACUACAGAUGUUGAGCUAGCAGGCCUUGACUGUGACAAGGCCAUCACGGUCGAGUUCAAACACGAUGACAAGCUAAGUGAGGAUACGGGGGCACUCAUGCAGUGUGCUGUGCUGUACACCAGCUGCAGCGGCCAAAGGCGACUCCGUGUCCACAACAUGGCAGUCAACUGCUGCUCUCAGCUGGCUGACCUCUACCGCAACUGUGAGACCGACACAAUCAUCAACUUCUUCUCCAAAUAUGCUUUCCGUGGCAUCCUCAGCAACCCCACUAAGGCAGUGAGAGACACUCUGGUCAACCAGUGUGCACAGAUUCUGGCCUGCUACAGAAAGAACUGUGCGAGCCCCUCAUCAGCUGGUCAGCUGAUCCUGCCAGAGUGCAUGAAGCUGCUACCGGUCUAUCUGAACUGUGUGCUGAAGAGUGACGUUCUGCUGCCAGGAGCUGACGUCUCGUUGGACGAUCGGGCUUACCUGAGGCAGCUGAUCAGCUGCAUGGAUGUUGCGGAGAGCCACGUCUUCUUCUACCCCCGCCUGCUGCCACUGACAAAGUUGGAAAGCGGGUCGUUGCCAGUAGCGGUGAGGGACUCAGAGGAGAGGCUGUCUAAAGGCGGAGUUUACCUUCUGGAGACGGGACUCCACCUCUUCCUGUGGGUGGGAGCCAGCGCUCAGCAGGAGCUGCUGCUCAACUUCUUUGGCACACCGAGCUUCAGCCAGAUAGACCCGGCCAUGACAAGUCUGCCAGUGCUGGACAACCCCUUCUCUCAGAGACUCAGAGAGAUCAUUGACUCCUUCAGAGCACAGCGAUCACGAUACAUGAAGCUGAUGGUAGUGAAACAGGAAGACCGAACCGAGCUGAUAUUCAGGCACUUCUUGGUCGAGGACAAGAGCGCCAGCGGGGGAGCGUCAUAUGUGGAUUUCUUGUGUCACAUGCACAAGGAGAUCCGCCAGCUUCUCAGCUAGGCUUACAAAUUCCCACCUUCACCUGUAUGAUCCCAUCCCCGGUUCACCCUUCCUUUUGAAAGAAAGCGCUUUAUCUUUUUUUUUCUUUUUUAAAACCUAAUAAACUAAAGCUCUCCUUGCUGUCUGUCAGCCGAACAUCACAGACCAGCUGGCAGAUCUCGGUGUGUGUGUGUGUGUGUGUGUGUGUGUGUGUGAGAGAGAGAGAGGGUGAGAGAGAAUCUGAUGUUAACAGAGCACAGCAGGAGUGAAAUAACUGACUAGGGAGGGGUGUGUGUGCGCGUGUGCACAAUUGAACAAUUAUGUAUGCAACAAACCGAGUGAGUGACGGAGGCGGCUGAUGUUGACUGUAGUCUGUGUAUUGUCUGUAUUACUAGCACUGAAAGGCUGCUUUGGGUGCAUAAACGACCCAAGCAAACACUUUUUAUAUGAUUAAAUCCCAAUAGAGUGAAGGACAUCUACAUACCAAGACAUACAUGAAAUUAAAUAAAUGCUGUUCUUUCUGUCUCUUCUCUCCUUUAAUCAUGGCCUUAGUACCCCCUCCCCGUGUGUGUGUGUGUGUGUGUGUGUGUGUGUGUGUGUGUGUGUGUCCAGAUGUGAGAGGAUUAGUCGCCCACUGUCUAACCAUUAUUUUCUAGGGUAGGCAUCUGAAUUUAAGCUCAGUUUAACAGCCCCAAUUGGAGUCUGAUGAUCUUUUACCUACAAAAAGCAUUAAAGAAAGUAUCUUGAAAUGUGAAGUCUGGUUUUAGUGUCCAAAGGUAAACUGCAAAUCAAGGUGCACAUGGCUGCUGUGACUGGUAACCAGUCAUUACAGUAAUCGCUAUAAUCCAGAUUUGUUUAAAUCCGCUUCAGUUGUUUUUACCAUAUUUACUGCGAACAUCUGGCUCAGAUGUUUGGUCACUGAUGAACCAGAUGUGCAUGUGAAAUUGUUGUCACGAUUCUGUUACGAGAGGAAGCUUUCAUUAGUUCAAAGUCUAUGCAGCAAAGAGGACGGCCAGACACAAAAUAAAAGACGAAAGAAAUCAAAGACGGGUGUGAACUUUUGAUCUCAGCAUCACAACGAUGGGAAAUGCUCCUCAUGGUUGUUUUCUGUGGAUGACAUGUAGUGCAGCAGACUUUAUAUUAAUCAAACAUUUUGAUGUCCGAAGUUGUACAAAAGCAUUUUCCAGCAGACAGAAAUGAGCACAGAAUGACGGCGUAUAAAUGGACAUCAGUUUAUGUUUGCAGAUUUUGAGUUGCCUCUGCAUUGGCAAUGUUCCGUGUGUAAAUAAAAUAUAUAAUCUGUACAGAAUUAAUAGAAAAUAACAAUUUUAAAGACCUGGCUGAAUGGCUGUGGUUUGUUGGUGGUUGGUCUCUAUCACAAAAAGCCCAAAUACAAAAUCAUGGCUUUUACUGAGGAGAGGAAGAUGCCUCGUCUGGCUUUUUGGUGUGUGUGUGUGUGUGUGUGUGUGUGUGUGUGUGUGAGAGACAGAGAGAGACAGAGAGAGACAGAGAGAGUGUGUGGUGUCGGUCCUGGUGAAUUUCUCCUAAGGAACAGAGGGAUUAGCCAACACAUGCACACGCGCGCGCACACACACUACCCAUGAUCUAAAAUUCAGACUUCUUCAUUUAUUACUUUCUGUUCCUCUUUUAACAAUGUGACUUUUGUGUUGUGUGUGUGUGUGUGUGUGUGUGUGUCUGUAGCCCUCUGUUCUGUCUUUAUGUUCCCUGGCUUUGAUUGGCCCACCGUCUUGACUGUAAUCUUAAUUUCUGUUCCAAUUUUCUUUGAUUUGUUGUUGUUGUUUUUUUUUUCAUUGCCUCUUGGGACUGCUAAUAAAAUGAUUGUUUAAAGUUAAACUCCA